AUGUUUAAAUUGCUAUGUGGGUACCGUGGCUGCCCAUAUCUUACUCAAGCCACAAUCGCCAAAUCUGCCCAAAUAACCACUAAACAUCCAACGCAACCAACCAUCACAGAUCUCACAAAAAUGGACUACCCUACAGCAACUAAAUCCAAGGAAACAAUCAGCAACGAGCAAAUCUUAGCCCUACUAUCUGAUCUCCUCACGGUCAUAUCUACAACAAAUGACCCCAAAGAAAUGCUGUUAUCCACAAUAAAGUCCUUCUUGACCCUCUUCGGUAAACAAAAAUGA